AUGGCAGACUACAACAACCCGUACGAGGACGGUCAGGAGGGGUGGGACCAGGGGUACUCGGACCAGCAGUACUUGAACCAGCAGUACUCGGGUACUAACAUUCCCCGUACGACUUACAUCGACCAGAACGCCCUCACAUCUCUUGCCACCAACGCAGGACCUUCGUACCCAUAUCUCUCUACAGGUUCAGCUAGCCACGACGACCCAGGGUCCUACAUACCGCCUCACCCUGGUCUCGCCACUCAACCCUGGGAUAUGGGACCAUAUCAAGCCUGGACAACAUCACAGCUCGUGGAGUACCAGAGCGGCUACGACUACUCCUACGGCCAAGCUCCUCCUCGAGAACCCAGCUCAUCCCCCUCCCAACUCAGAUGUGACAUCUGCAACGAGAACUUUGCAAAUCAAAAGAACUGGGACCGUCACCUCACCUCUGAGAAGCACCUCAGCAACGUCGGUGAGGACGACCCCGACGUCCCAAAGUACAGAUGCGCAUGCACCUACUCGGUAGCUCGGAAGGACAACUACCGCCGGCACCUCAAGCACUGCGCCUUUCGUAUCGACUUUGCUUAUGUCUGCACCUGUGGGGAGCACACUCAGGACAAGGAGUAUCAUGAGCAGCAUAUCGACAAUUGCGGACGCAAGAGACAUAAGAAAGGGCACAAAUGGUAGAAUUUGGUUACCUAUCUAUUCUAUGGAAUAAGAGGUGGCAGCUCUGGAGCGGUCGAUUUCAUUUCUGUUUUCGUUUCACGGCUUUGUCUCAAGAUUUUGGUCCCCACGGACUCGAGAACGUCAGUCGCUUCAGCAAUAAUUUCCCUUUUCUUUUCGAUUACGGUACCUAUCAGCACACGGCUUUUAUGAUGACUUACGCCAUUUUUUUUUCCCUUUCGAUACGUAUUCAUUUUUUUUUCAUUUGUUACACGAGACGAGAGUGCCCGGGCAUUUAUGAGUUGGAAAGGGGGGGGGGGGGGAAGAGCUGUUCGGCGAGCAAGGGACUAAUGAGGAGGAGGCAAAUGGUACCAUUUGAAUGCCUAUUAACAUGUUUUCCUUUUUCUUUUCUUUCUCCAAUAAUUACAAUCGCUUUCCCACCC